AUGAGCACAAAUAAGAGACGCGGGCCCAGCAGUUCCAGUUGUGCUGUUCCAGGUGUGCCUGCUCUCGUCAACGUUCCGAACGCUAUGUCUGCCGAUCUUGCGUCCUUAUUCGAGUGCCCAGUCUGCUUUGACUAUGUCUUGCCACCAAUUCUCCAAUGUCAGAGUGGGCACCUUGUCUGCUCCAGUUGUCGACCGAAACUAUCUUGCUGUCCAACGUGUCGAGGACCUCUUGGCAACAUACGCAACCUUGCCAUGGAGAAAGUCGCAAGCAACGUUAUGUUUCCUUGUAAACACUCUAACACUGGCUGUACUGUAACUCUUGUGCACACCGAGAAGGCGGAACACGAAGAAGCCUGUGAAUUUCGACCUUACUCUUGUCCCUGUCCUGGAGCUUCAUGUAAAUGGCAAGGAGGGCUCGACCAAGUUAUGCCACACCUUAUGAUGUCACAUAAAAGUAUAACAACACUUCAAGGGGAAGAUAUUGUGUUUUUAGCUACUGAUAUUAAUUUACCUGGAGCUGUUGAUUGGGUCAUGAUGCAAUCUUGUUUUAAUCAUCACUUUAUGUUAGUUUUGGAGAAACAAGAAAAGUUUGAUGGCCAUCAGCAAUUCUUUGCUAUAGUGCAACUUAUAGGAUCUCGUAAAGAAGCUGAAAGUUUUGCAUAUAGACUGGAAUUAAACGGUCAUCGCAGAAGAUUGACUUGGGAAGCGAUGCCCCGUUCCAUUCAUGAAGGUGUUUCUUCAGCUAUUAUGAAUUCCGAUUGCCUUGUCUUUGAUACUUCUCUUGCACAACUUUUUGCAGAUAAUGGUAACCUUGGUAUAAAUGUAACUAUUUCGAUUGCCUAA